AGUGGGCGUGGCCGUGACUCGUCACGUCGCCUCCUCGGCUGUUUCUUCACUGAGCUACGUACGUGAGGCCGACUCGUUGGAGGGAAGUGGACGUUGCUACGAAGGAGCAAAAAUCGGGAGGAGAGAGCAGAAACACAAACUAUCCACUAAAAAGCUGCCCCAGGAGCAGUGAAGUGUCUUCAUGGCAGUUCGUCGAGGACACAUUAAGUACUUGAAAGCUGACCUGCAGGAGGUGUAUGACAUGUCAAACGGUUAUGAAGACCACAUGGGAGGGGAUGAGGGGAAGGACGCCAAGACCAACCUGAUAGUGAACUACCUGCCUCAGAGCAUGACGCAGGACGAGCUGCGGAGCCUCUUCAGCAGCAUCGGAGAGGUGGAGUCCGCCAAGCUGAUUCGUGACAAAGUCGCAGGCCACAGUUUAGGGUACGGAUUUGUUAACUAUCUUAACCCUAGUGAUGCAGACAGAGCUAUCAGUACACUGAAUGGACUAAGGCUACAGUCCAAAACUAUCAAGGUUUCAUACGCACGGCCCAGUUCUGAUACAAUAAAGGAUGCCAACUUAUAUAUCAGCGGCCUGCCGAAGGCCAUGACCCAGAAGGACGUGGAGGACAUGUUUUCACGCUUUGGACACAUCAUUAACUCUCGUGUACUUGUUGAUCAGGCCACAGGUACGACAGGUGGGUCCCGCGGGGUGGCUUUUAUCCGGUUUGACAAGCGGGCAGAGGCCGAGGAGGCCGUCAAAAGCCUGAACGGCCAAAAACCACCCGGAGCCUCCGAGCCAAUCACAGUGAAGUUUGCUGCCAACCCGAACCAGGCGAAGAACACGCAGCUCAUCUCUCAGCUCUACCACAACCAGUCCAGACGCUUCGGCGGGCCCUUACACCACCAGGCACAGCGCUUCAGGUUCUCCCCCAUGGGUGUUGAUCACAUGGGCGGCAUGGGAGGCGUCAGUGUCCCCGGCAACUCCACCUCCGGCUGGUGCAUCUUCAUCUACAACCUGGGCCAAGACGCAGACGAGAGCAUCCUAUGGCAGAUGUUCGGCCCCUUCGGCGCCGUCACCAACGUCAAGGUGAUCCGCGACUUCAACACCAACAAGUGCAAGGGCUUCGGCUUCGUCACCAUGACGAACUACGAGGAGGCGGCCAUGGCUAUCGCCAGCCUGAACGGCUACCGGCUCGGAGACAAGAUGCUGCAAGUGUCCUUUAAGACCAGCAAGGGCCACAAGUAGAGAAAGCGGGACAAUCGGGUGUAGAGGAGAGAUGGAAAUGACUUGCGGCAGGCUUUUAUUGCAGAAUUACGAGUCUGCAAAGUCUGACACAUCUGUUUGAGUUUUAGUGUAUUCCGAGUUAAUUGAUAUGUUCACUCUUCUGCACCUUUGUAUUUGUCUAAGAGUGUUUUUUUUGUUUGUUUUUUGUUUUUUUCAUCUUUAUACAUUCUUGGGGCUUGAGGACACUCGGUAGUUUAAAUUUUAAGGGAGGGAGUGGAGAAGGUGAAAAUCCCAUGAUACCCCCAAGAUAAAUUUAUCUAAACAACUAAAAAUACUGUCUGUAUGUGUUGCAUGUAUAACUGUGGGAACUAGAUAAAGGAGGCAGGCAAACGGUUCUUAGCAGUGCACUGAAGAUACGGAGCAUAAGGAAAAGCCCUGCGAACUGUUCAAGUGUCGACAUUUUAGUGGAUAAUUUAGUCUAAAAAAAAAAAAAAUAGGUGAAGAACAAUAUUUUGCCCAUAGCCAGUGGUUGUUUCAUUGUUUGAAGAAGCGGCGCUCUGUUCUUGGUCCUUGUCAUUAGUAGAAAUAGAUGCCUUAAAUUAUCAUCCAGUGGACACAUAGACCUACAAUACCACUCACUCGAGUUAAUCUAAGAGCAAAGCACUUUUAACCAAUCUGUUUUAGAUGACCAUGAAUAUCAGUCUUUUUGAUGUAAAUCUGACUUUGCUCGCCCUCCUACCAGGUUAUUGAUUUUUAAAUAUGACCGGCUCUGGAGGGAAAUGUUCUCGUUUUUUCUUUUUUGUUGUCCCUGUGUAAAGUGUCUUUUCUUUUUUUUUUUAGUAUAAGUUGUAUUUCAGGAGAGUCCUGUCGAAUAUGAACCCAAGUCAGUGAGUAGGGAAUUAAGAUGGACCAAAGGCAGGGAGAGAUUUGAUCUUAUAACCCCGCAAGAGUUUCUGAGCAGAUUUUCAGAAGGUAAAUUUACUUUUUUUUUUGUUUGUUUAUUUUGAAGAGGUACUAAGGUAAUAUCUGAUGCUGACAGAGAGCGACAUCACUUUGGCUCAGUUUGCUGUUCUGUUUUUUUCUUUUCUUUUCUUUUGAAUUAAUUGCUUUCCUUUUUUUGUUUGGAUCAUUUUAUUCUUUGAAAAGGCAUCCAUUUACAUUUGUUACACUGUAAGUUACAAACUUGUUCUAGCAAGUGCUUAUCUCAAGUUUGGAGAGAAAUGAAUGGCCUUUGUUUAACGAUUUCAGUUUAGAUUUGCUUUCUUUUCUUCCUUUUGUUUUGAUUGUUUAACUUUGAGCAUAAACCAUUAAAUUUUAUUUCUUUUUGCUGAAAGUUUUGUUUGGUUUGUUUCUUUUUUUAUUUACCUUUUUUCUUUUCUUUUUUUGUUUUAAGAUUUGGUUUGGUUUGUUCUAUUAUUUUCUAGAGGCGAUUCUGCUGUGCUUGGAACAGAUCCCCGGUCGAGCAAAAACAAGCCAUUACAAAGCGUUAAAUUUACAAUGUAUGGACCAAUGUUAGGUGACAUGAGGUUAUGUAACGUGAAGUAAAGUGACGGUCCAGCAGACCUUUUCAUGAAGCAUCAUUGCCAGAUGAGUUUGUACCACUGAAGAGCAACAUAGUGAGCUGAAGCAGUAUGUUAGCACUUUGGGUACAGCUGAGGCGAACUUAUAUUUUUUUUCACAAACUGAAUCAGUAAAUCGGCGUUUUGAUUUACACUUCGAUUCAGUUUGAUUUGUCGUGCAUCAGCUGUGAUAUUUUACUCAUUCACUUGCAGAUUUAGGCAGUUUACACCCAAAUCCAUUGCUCUGAUCUUUGUGAAACACUUCUUACAUCACCCAUUUAGAAAAGAUCAUCGGCAUAUCACAACUAGUCUUUUUGAGUUAUAUACGGAGUUGUAUGCAGGAGUUUGAAGGGUGGUGAAAGGUGGAGCUUGAGCAUCGGUACUGUUAAUUGUUCUUGUUUUAACCUCACCACAAAUUGAGCAGAGGAGCGACUUGGCGGUGGUCACAAGUAGAAAAUGAUUCCUGUGAACAGUACUACUACUACUCACGCUUUUUAGGAUUUACUAUUUAAACCCGUCUCCCCUCCCCCGACUCCUGCGAAGCUUCAUUAAAUGCUUCUUUUCAUCCAUGUGGCCACUCUGAAAGAAGUAUUCCAGUCACAGGCUUCAGAUUUUGUUCUUAAGUGCUUUAUUGAUUUUAAUAUUUUUAGUAUUAUAUUGUCAUUUUUGUCAUAAUCCUUAACUUUGUGCAAUAUUUCCCGACCUGCUCAAAGCAGGUGAUUAGAAUUUUGUUGUAGUCUUGGACUGUCAUCUUUUUUUUUAAAUAUAUAUAUAUUUUCAUUUUUCUACUGACGUUUUAUGUUACUGCUCAGUUUUCUCAGCAGUCUAGUUGGAGCUGCAUGAAUGAUGCAAGUGAAUUUGUUCUAGGGGCAGUCAGAAGGAAACUGCAUUCCGCCUUAAUUUAUAAGUGGAAAUGGUGUGUGACAUCACAGGAGGCGUAAAUAUUUAU